UUUCUUCACUUUCAAGCCUGCCUUUUCCUGAACAGCGGGAAAGCAGUUCGAUGUGGGAUUAUGCAUGGGGUUUAGUGGAAAACGGGAACAAAAUUUGGUGCAAGACAUGGAGUGUGAAAUUUAUAGUGACCUGUUUAUAGAAUGCGUAACCGUUUUAUAAAAGUGCUAGUGAUAUCGCGUACUAUUUGAAUAAUUUCAUCAAAUUAGCAGGAACACAGGAGCGCAGUUUUACCUGCUUGAGUAAAGGGCCUGUGAGAAUUCACUAUGCGGAGUGAAAAACGUAGCUCUGAAAUAUUACGCUUUUGAAUGGGUCCACGCGACUCUGAUCUGAAGUUGCCUGGAUGGGAUGCACAGUGAGUUUCAUCUGUUGUGAAGACGACCUCCUACAGGAUUCUCCUGACCAACAUGACAAAAAUAAAGAGAACAAGAAACUGUUGAAAAAGCCUGAGGAGUUUGAGGGGAUCCAUUCACACACCUUUCGGGUGAAGACGUUCAAGAAGAGCAAGCACUGUGGCGUGUGCAAACAGACCGUCAGCCAGGAGGGGCUAAUUUGCAAAGUGUGCCGGCUGACUUGCCACAAGACAUGUGAAGUGAAGGCACCUGAUAACGACAUCCCCCUGAAGCAUGUAGAGACCUUGGGCUCCACAAAGUCCUCCAAGAGUAUGGAGUCUCCACGCAUACCAUCAAGGAGUGUGAGUCUGCUACAGGCCCUGGAAGAGAACUAUGAGUUGGACCUGGUCUACAUCACUGAGAGGAUCAUCUCAGUCUCCUUCUCCAGCUCUGUGGAUGAGAACAGCUACUCUGCAAACCUCCGCGAGGUGGCUUCCAUGCUGCGCUCCAAACACCAAGACAACUACCUGCUCUUCAACCUCAGCGAGAAACGCUGUGACAUCAACCAGCUCAACCCAAAAGUGUUGGACUUUGGCUGGCCGGACCACCACGCGCCUGCCCUGGAUAAGAUCUGCACUAUCUGUAAGGCUAUGGACAGUUGGCUGAGUGCAGACAGUCACAAUGUAGUAGUGAUACACAACAAGGGGAACCGAGGGCGAACAGGAGUGGUGGUGGCAGCAUACAUGCAUUACAGCAACAUAUCAGCCAGUGCUGACCAGGCCCUGGACAGGUUCGCCAUGAAGAGGUUCUAUGAAGACAAAGUACUUCCUGUGGGUCAGCCGUCUCAGAAGAGGUAUGUACAGUACUUUAGCGGCCUUCUUUCUGGGCAUAUUAAGAUCAACAACAAACCCCUGUUCCUUCACCACGUCAUCAUGCACGGCAUCCCCAACUUUGAGUCCAAAGGAGGUUGUCGCCCUUUCCUCAAGAUCUAUCAGGCCAUGCAGCCAGUCUACACAUCUGGGAUCUAUAGUGUCCAGGGAGACAGCCAGACCAGUGUCUGCAUCACCAUUGAGCCAGGCCUGCUGCUGAAGGGGGACAUUCUGCUGAAGUGUUACCACAAGCGCUUCCGAAGCCCACAGCGGGAUGUGAUAUUCCGGGUGCAGUUCCAUACAUGCGCUGUGCACGACUUGGGAAUCGUCUUUGGGAAGGAUGAGCUCGACGAGACCUUCAAAGAUGACAGAUUCCCAGAUUUUGGAAAGGUGGAGUUUGUUUUUUCCUUUGGUCCAGAAAAAAUCAAUGGGAUGGACCACUUGGAGAAUGGGCCCACUGUCUCAGUGGACUACAAUACCCAAGAUGCUCUAAUCCGCUGGGACUCCUAUGAGAACCUCGACCAGCAUUGUGAGGAGACUAUGGAUGACGUCAUACACACACAGGGCCCUCUGGACGGCAGCCCCUAUGCUAAAGUCCGCAAGAAGGAGUCCAUCGAGGAUGCGGUCACUGCCAACGACCUCCUGCCCACCGCCACCGAACACGUCCUACCCACGGUUGACCACGCCCUGUCGGUGAGCAGCGACUCAGGCAACUCCACCACCUCCAUCAAGACUGACCGCACUGAUGAGCCAGCCCCAGCAGCAGCAACCCCACCUGUGAGCCAGCCGCCAGCGGCCCAGGAAGAGGCCCCAGUCUCAGGCACGGUCCCGGCCGUCCAGCACAUCAGUCCCCAGGAGAAGCAGGAGCUGGAGCAGCUGCUCAGUGGCCUGGAGGGCCCCAUGCAUUGCCAGGGCAACAUGUCCUCUCAGUCGGGCGGAGGGAUAGGGAUAGGACUAGGGGGAGGGGGAAUACUACACCUGGUGCCCGCCCAAGUUCAUGUGAAUGGCCACAACAGCAGCAUGGACAGAGAAACAGAUAUUCUGGAUGAUGAGGUGGAACUGCCCACCAGCCAGGAAGGUAACAGCAUGGAUAGCUUGGGCACUCUGUCAUCCCUGGAAGGGAGAGCCACGCCAGCAGACCUCUACUACCAGGCUGAGACGGUUAUCAACGGGCAUGACAAGGUUCCCUAUCUAGAGAGGAGCAUCCCAGACAGGCCCCCGGAAAACAUUGUCAUCAAUGUCGCAAUAGGCUCACAUGAUGUGGCUGACCAGGUUCCCGUCACCUUAGUGCGAAGCCUCUGCUCAGCUCAGGAUGGGACAGGUGAGUCAGUUCCCCCGGCAAGCGAUUACAUUAUCAGCCAGAAUGGAAACCUGUAUUGCUCACAGUCAUUCGGUGCAGACCAGAAUCCCCUCCCUCGAGCGCCAGCACGCAACACCAGCAGUCGUAACGCCGUCCAACGUGGGCUCAAUGUGUGGCAGCAAUAUGGCGUCCCAGAAGAGCCGGUGAUGGACGGGGUGUAUUUUGGCUCUCCUCCACCCUCCAUGCCUCUACAGAGCCACCACAGCAUGCCCCACUUCCCCCAUCAGCAGACUGCCUCACAGCAGGAGAUUGAGCAGUCCAUUGAGGCGCUCAACCUGCUGAUGCUGGACCUGGACCCCGGCCGCCUGUUGGGGCAAGUGCCGAAGCCCCAGAGUGCCCCGGGAGAUAACAAGGAGGUGGUGACCACACAACCAUCCUUUUCCCAGUCCCUGGCCAGGCCCUCCUACCAGGCUGACUCAGCUAUCUCAGGAAGCCCUGCACCCAGCCUAGCUCAGGUCAUGCUGAGGUCCUCCCCUUUCCCGCCGUCCACGUCUCCAGAGCCCUCUGCCAUCCAGAGACCAACAGUCAUCUACCACCCUGGUCCCUCUGUAGCCCCCAUCCCUGGCUUCCCCACUGAACCUUCCAGCCAAGGAGCAGCCAGAACCAGCUCUCCCACCCAGGUCCCCAGUAGCGUGGGCCAGCUGCAGCUGAAACCCAUCAACGUGUACCCCCCCAGCAUCGUGUACCCGUCCCUGUCCUCGGAGCUCCGGGAGCCCCAACAGAGCCCCAGUGCCACGUUCUCAUCACUCAAUCCCAGAGAUGCAGAGCCUGAUGAAGUGUUCAACGUGGAGGGCCUAGUAGCCCAGCGUGUGUCCGAGUACUCGGCCCGAAUGCAACGCCGACUCACGUCUCCUCAGUCUGAGCACCGUCACUCCCUCUCCCUCUCUGGUGUCCAGUCUUGUGGGACGUCAUUGGACGAGGCAUCGGCCCCGCCCCAUCACCGCACCACUAGUGAGAGACAAUGCAUCAACGGCCACGACGAAAGUUCUUCCUACCAACCCCCGGUCCGCUCCCCUAUUCGUUGCGUCUCACCGGAGUUCGUCAACACCAUAGCGCUGAAUCCCGGGGGGCGUCCCAAGGAGAGACACAUCCACAGCUACAGAGAGGCCUUUGAGGAGUUGGAUGGAGGCCAAAUCAGCCCCACGCCCACUGUUGGUGGUGAGGUGUUCCCCCAUACCCCUGCCUUCCCCGUCUCGCCGCAAACCCCUUACUUCAACCUGUGCCAAGCUCGUUCCCCUCCAGGUCUGAUGAAGACCCCUCUCUCUGCCUUGGGCCUCAAACCCCACAACCCAGCUGAGAUCCACCUCAACCAGAGUGGAUCAGAGCCGUUGAGCUACGUGGAGUCAGUGGCCAGAUCCGCUGUGGCCGGCGGGGGACCAGCAGGACCCCCCGUGACCCUCACCCCCCCAGGAUGGACCUUGGAUAGGCAGACGACCCCUGACCCCUCCCCAACCCUCAACCCCCUAUUGUCUAGCUGCAGCCCCAUCCACAGAUCAGAGGGAGAACACCCGUUGGCUGACAGCAGUGCGAUCAUCCCUUCGCAAGCGUCCAUUGACUCCAGCUUACGCUCCUUUCCUUCCGAGGGCACGUAUCCCAUCCACUCCCCCACCCCUAUCCCCAUUGCCACUCCCACCCCAUACCUCCAGGCCCUGGGCUCCCCAUCUCCCUUCCUUCAAGCCCUGGGAACCCCCACCUCCUCCUACCUGAGCUCCACCUACCCCACCCUGUCUUACCUGUGUUCCCCCACCACCACACCCUCCUGGGAACUGGGUCACAGUGGCCUUAUGGGGAGCUGUGUCUCCCCGGACCCCAGCCCCCCCCCGCUCCAGCCAGAGGCAUCUUCCCGAGAAAGCCUUGUGGCCAUCCUCCCCUCGUUAAGAUCAAGAAGUCUCCACACACUGCAUCGUGACCCCAACACCUCAUCUAGCAUCCCCUCCCUCCAACAUCGGCAACAGCCCACCAAUCAGUGCAGCCCUGUCAUGGGCCACCAGCCCUCUCCGGCCAAUGGCUUUGUGGAGUUUGGGAUCACUGGGAUGGUAAUGACAGGAAGUCCCGUGUUGGGCCGCCACCACUAUAACCCAUGUGUGUCCCAGGGGACACAGUCUAGCCCAGUGCUGAGCCAACAACCGUCCCUGAUGCAGGCCUCCCAGGACAGCCCCAUGCUCAGUUGCCAGCCCUCCCUCACCUACAGCCAACCCAUCCAGUCCAGUAUCCAGAGUAGUCCGGUGCUGAGCCGACAUCCAUCCCUCACCUACAGCCAACCCAUCCAGUCCAGUAUCCAGAGUAGUCCGGUUCUGGGCCGACAUCCAUCCCUCACCUACAGCCAACCCAACCAGUCCAGUAUCCAGAGUAGUCCGGUUCUGGGCCUACAUCCAUCCCUCACCUACAGCCAACCCAUCCAGUCCAGUAUCCAGAGUAGUCCUGUGCUGAGCCGACAUCCAUCCCUCAUUCACCAGCAGGGCAAUGGUAGUAGUCCGGUGCUGGGCCGACACCCGUCCCUCGGCCAGAUGUCACAAUGCAGUCCAAGUCUGGACCGACACCCAAUGCUGCAUAGUAGCGGCUACACCACCCCGGACGAAAGGCAGGGCACCCUGUCCCGUCAGAGCUGCUCCUCUGGGUACAACCCGCCCUCCACGCCCUCCUUCCCCGUCUCCCACGUGGGCUAUCUGGACGAGGGGAUGAUGAUGGGGGUACGGCAGGGCAGUCCGGCCCCACAGGCUCAGCCCCAGCUACCGGAGAAGAGGCGAAUGUCCAUUGGGGAGAGGCCCAACGGGGGGCUCUCGUACGGGACACUGAAUGGGAAAGUGUCCUCCCCCAUGUCGAGUGGAGGCAGCACGCUCAGCACUAGCUACUUUCAUACACUGCCAGACUUCUCCAAGCUUAACAUGACUGACGGGAGUCCAGAGACCAGGCUGAAUGUAAAGUUUGUUCAGGAUACGUCCAAGUUCUGGUACAAGCCUGAUAUCUCCCGUGAACAAGCCAUCGGCCUGCUGAGAGAGAAGGAGCCAGGGGCCUUUGUCAUCCGGGACAGUCACUCCUUCCGAGGGGCCUAUGGCCUGGCCAUGAAGGUGGCCUCUCCUCCUCCUCCUACUGCUCAGCAGUCCAAGAAAGCUGGUGACAUCACUAACGAGUUGGUGAGGCACUUCCUGAUUGAGACGAGUCCUAAGGGAGUGAAACUGAAAGGAUGUCCCAACGAACCUUACUUUGGUUGUCUGUCAGCUCUUGUGUACCAGCACGCCAUGACUCCACAGGCCCUGCCCUGUAAACUGGUCGUCCCUACCAGAGAUCUCCACCAGGAUGUCCCAGAUAUCGCCACGCCAACCAACCAGGCUGAAUACCUCCUGAAACAUGGAGCAGCAUGCAAUGUGCUGUACAUCAACUCGGUGGACAUGGAGUCUCUGACAGGACCUCAGGCCAUCGCCAAGGCGAUCUCGGAGUCGAUGGCCGCCGCGUCCCCGCCCACCGCCACCGUUGUGCACUUCAAGGUGUCGCCCCAAGGCAUCACCCUGACGGAUAACCAGAGGAAGCGUUUCUUCCGGCGCCACUACCCUAUCAACACUGUCACGUUUUGUGAUGUCGACCCUCAGGAGAGAAAGUGGAAUAAACCUGAUGGGGGCACAGCCAAGUUUUUUGGGUUUGUGGCUCGGAAGCAAGGAAGCACAACUGACAACGUCAGUCACCUCUUUGCCGAGAUGGACCCCGAUCAGCCCGCCAGCGCCAUCGUCAACUUUGUCUCCAAGGUGAUGAGCGGCUCGCAGAAACGAUGAGCUGACCUUUUGGCGACCCUUGGCUGUUAGUUUUUUGGGGUUGUUGUUAUUUUGAACUACGGAGGGAAUAUAUUUCCUUUUUUUUAGUUUGUAUUCUAAGUUUAAUCUUAGGUUUCACCUCUUUCCUUCUGAUCUCGUCUUUUACCUGUGUGUGUGUGUGUGUGUGUGUGUGUGUGUGUGUGUGUGUGUGUGUGUGUGUGUGUGUGUCUGUAUUUCUUCUUGGAAGGACUCCUUCGUGGCGCGAAGUAGGGGGGAUAGAGGAAGUGCAGUUUGUGGGGUGUGGCUGUGUAAGCUGUUGAAUGUUGGCUAUGGGAGGCCAUUGUGAUCUCUCUAGCAGGGCAGCACAAGAACAGGAAGAGGAAAUCAUGUCAGUGAUGAUGUCAGUGAGUGUGAUGCUUGAAAAAGAGAAGAAGUAGUAAAGUUGUGUGAUGUAAAGAAGGGUGUGAAGCUGUCGGGUUUUGGACUGUUCAACCAAAGAUUUUUAAAAAGCAGCAAUGUCACUGAAGGUAUGUUUGAGAGAAUAUUUGGUUAAAAAAAAAAAAUGUCUUCUUUAUCAAAACAUUUACAUUUUAUGUUCUUUCCAUAUACAAGUAAAUACUGUAUUUAUUUUAUUCCUAAAAAGUUUGCAUCUUUGCUUUCUUCGCAAACCGUAUUCAAGUACGUUUUUGCAUGCUGGCGAGUUUAAUCAUUGUAAAUAUCACAGAGUGUUCUCUUGGUAGGGCGUGGGUGACUAAAAAUGUUGUUGGAAUUCUUUUAGAGCUUACUGUAGAGAAAGAAAAUAAAGAAAAAAGCACAGUUGUUCUCUUCAGAACAACAGAAAACAUCUGACUUCAGAACAUCUGUAUUGGUCUCCUCCGACUUCCACUGUUCUCUUCAGAACCACAGCACACAUCUGACUUCCACUGUUUUCUUCAGAACAACAGAACACAUCUGACUUCCACUGUUUUCUUCAGAACAACAGAACACAUCUGACUUCCACUGUUUUCUUCAGAACAACAGAACACAUCUGACUUCCACUGUUUUCUUCAGAACAACAGAACACAUCUGACUUCCACUGUUCUCUUCAGAACAUCUGUAUUGGUCUCUUCCAACUUCCACUGUUCUCUUCAGAACAACAUAACACAUCAGCUGUUCUCUUCAGAACAACAGAACACAUCUGUAUUGGUCUCCUCUGACUUCCACCAUUCUUUUCCCCUCUUCUUUUGAAUGGUUGAAGGAUGGAGGAUAGAUAGAAGCUUGUCCAGUUUGGUCCAACUAUUCACCUACACAGGGAUAUUAGAGCCCUGUAAUGACGCUGGGAGCUGGCGUCUGCUGUUACCCUUCUAGACCAGCCUGCAAUGCACCCCUCUAUGGAUACAUUUGGUUUUGGCUGAUUGGUUCCCCUUUGUGUGUCUACCAUUGCCUAUCAUAAGUGCCACUCCUCUCCGCUGUGCAUGUAUAAGCAUCAUGGAAGGUCAGAGUUCACUGCUGAUUUUUGAAGAGCGGACGGGCAUCGAGAGUCCAGGUUGCUACGACUAAAGCAUCUCUCUCUUCUCCUUCGGAACAUUAAAAUGAUUCUACCCCUGCAACCGUCCCAGUAAAGAUUGAGAGAGUCCACUAUCUUUACAGAUCAGCCUAUCAAACGUGUAACACCCACAUCAUACCCACAAGUAAGCUAUAUACAUAUACAUAUAUAGAUAUAUAUAUAUAUAUAAAAAACAUGUUUAUUUUUUUGCUCUGUCACUCUUAUAUAAUAAAUUGACAUAUAUAGUCCAACCAUAAAGAUUACUGAGUGUCGAAAAAAUAUUAUUCUGUACUUUGGCUAAGAUUUAUAAAUCAUGAGACUGAACUACAUCAAAAUAAAUGGUGUGAAGUGUAUGUAUUUUAAAGCUUUGCUUUAAAACAAUUCACUGCAUUACUUUGUUUAUGUUAUGAGUCUUUGUAUAAAGCAUCCUUUGGUAUGGGGGAGAAAGAGCGUCUAGCAAAGUUCUUUGUUGCAAAAUUGUGCCAACAUUUAAAAAAACAUGUCAAAAUAAACCUGCCUAAAAUGGAAUGGCCAGAGUUAAGCACUUACACGUCAUAUGAAAUAUCAAUGCACCUAUGUGUAGCUGUGUGUUCACCGCAUGUUUGGAGGCCAGAUAUUCUUUCCGUGACUACUUCCUCUAUCUAACAUCGCAGGUUUAGUGAAGCACCACCGUAUUAAAAUCUUAAGCAAUUAUUCACGUUGUUAUGUAGGGCCUACUGCCCUCAUGUGGUGAACCAACGUUUGACCACCCAUUGUGUUUUUACUCCGGCGUUUUAACUGUGAUUUCAAUAAUGACCUUCAAUGGACCAGCGAAACUCAAAUGGCUGAGUAUAUUAUUUUCAGAAUAUGGAAGACAAGUAUUAUGUCACUUUUUUGGACCAUUAUGAUUUUGUGAAUGUCCUCCUUCUUCCUCUCCUCCACCACCAACACCCCCUCCUCCUUCUCCACCUCCUCUUCCUCCUCCUCCUCCUCCACCUCCACCACCAACACCUUCUACUCCUCCUUCUUCUUCUCCUUCUCCUCCUCCUUCUUCUCCUCUUAAUAACUCAAUUGGAUUCUUUUUGGAGCAGAUUAGUCGAUGGUCAAAUCUACUCCAGUGAAAAAAGAGCAAGCAUUUACAUAUGGCAUUCUGUCAUGUCAAAAUACACACUAAAUAUGUGCUUGUCCACUUCUGUUACGGCUUAAUGUUUUGUCUUUAAGCUCCACUGGGUCUUCUUCCAUGGCUUCUGUACUCGUUCCAACCGUUCAUUCCUCUUCAAUGAGAAUCCCUCCAUUUUAAAUGAAUUGUAUUUAUUAUUUUGAUGAGUCUCCACUACUGUAAAACUAUAUGUGUCGAAAAGCAUGGUUGAUUCUGCAUUUUUCUAUGAGAAACGUGUGAGAAAUGCUUGUCGGGUCAAUCCCCCUCUACCACAAAUUGAAUGUCAGUCUCACGUUAUUUAGCGUGUAAGAAGUCUCUUCUGAUGUACAUGUGGCCACUUUGAGGAAAUAGCCUUAGAAUGUGUGCAUGAAUGUGCUGCGAUGCCUGUACAGAAGUGUAUGUAUUUUCAUUUGCUUACUGUAUGGCUUUUGUUUCUGAGAAGAAAAAAAACAUAUUAAAAGUAAAUUGUGUUUUCUGUU